AUGGUUUGUCCUAUUAUGUUAUGCCCAAGAAUUUUACUUCAGGAGACGUGGGCUCAGAAUUUAGCAUGGGACGACGAAGUAGAUGAAAACGUGAAAUUUCGAUUUUUAAAAUGGGUAGACAAUUUAAAAAAUUUAAGCGAAGUAAAAAUACCCCGGGUCAUUUUUGGAGAUAUAAAUCCAGACGACGAUAUUAGCAUACAUACGUUUUGCGAUGCUAGUCAAAUCGCUUAUGCCGCUGUAGUAUUCAUUAGAAUCGAAAAUGAAUCGGGGAUCCGCGUAAAUUUUAUUCAAGCUAAAACGAGAGUAGCUCCACUAAAGAAAAAUAACUCAGAAACGCGACAAAGUAUUCCGCGUCUCGAACUCUUAGCGGCAACAAUCGGUAUACGUUUAACGGAAUCCAUUUUAAGCUCCGUCGAUGCAAUAGACGUGAAUAAAAUAAAAAUUUUUUAUUGGUCAGACUCCUCAACUGUCAUUGCCUGGAUUCGUCGGGAUUGUAAUUGGGGAACCUUUGUUUGGAAUCGCGUCCAAGAAAUCCGGAAACGUUCAAAUCCCGAUCAAUGGAACCACGUGCCAGGUAAUUCCAAUCCGGCAGAUUUACCGUCUAGAGGAUGCAAUAUCGAUCAACUGAUUUCGUCAAAUUGGUGGGAGGGUCCGACUUGGUUGUAUUUGAAAAAUCAGGACUGGCCGAAAUUUGAAUCGAUUUGCGAUGAAUCAGAAAUAACGAAUGAGUUAAAAAAGAGUAGUACAGACAAAACAAAAAGAAAUACGGUAUUAAUGUAUACUUUGAAAAAUUCUGAAACAACAGAUACUUCCGGUUUAAUAAAAGAAUGCUCUGACUUUUUUAAACUCAAACGCGUGGUAGCAUGGAUUUUCAGAUUUGCGAAAAAUUGUAGGAGUACGAAAGAAUCGCGAAUAACGCAAGAUUUGACCUUUCACGAAAUACAAAACGCGGAAAAUUUGUUAAUAAAAUUAAUUCAACAAGAAACUUUCACAGGCAUCGAGGAUGAGCGAGUCAAGCAAUUCGUGCCUUUCAGGGAUGAGCAAGGUUUGAGUAGAAUAAAAACUAAAAUAGUUUUGCGCAAAGAUUUAUUCAACUUUCGCUGUCCAGUAGUUUUACCAGGUAAUCACGAGAUUACUAAAAUGAUUAUUGAAGAAAAACACAAGGAAUUAAAUCACGCGGGUGUAGAAAUCUUAAUGAACAGUCUUAGAGAAAAAUUUUGGAUUCUAGGCGGAAGAAAAAUUAUUCGAAUAAUUAUUCGCCGCUGCGUAGACUGCCAAAGACACGACUCGAAAGCCUUGCAAACAAUUCCUGCACCUUUGCCUCAAAAUCGUGUUAGGGACGCUGCCGUUUUUGAAAUAUUAGGAGUUGAUCUUACGGGUCCUAUUUAUCUUAAAGGAGGUCAAAAAGCAUGGAUUUGUCUAUUUACUUGCGCGAUUUUUAGAGCUGUACACCUCGAAUUAGUUACUUCAUUGUCUACAGCCUCAUUCCUGUUAGCUUUGAGACGACAUAUCGCAAGACGCGGUAGACCCUCCAUUAUCUAUAGCGACAAUGGAACGAAUUUCGUUGGCUUAAAUAAUUCGUUGAAACGCAUAGAUUUUACAAAGCUGGCCCAGACUAGAGCAAUGAGACAGAUUCAGUGGAUUUUCAAUCCCCCUGCUGCAGCUUGGUGGGGCGGAUUUUGGGAACGCAUGAACGGGAUAUUAAAAAGAUUAUUGAGACGUACUUUAAAAAGAUCAUGUCUAAACUAUGAAGAAAUGUUGACGGUUUUACUAGACUCUGAAGCCGUCAUUAAUUCGCGUCCAAUUACAUUUUUGUCCGAAAAUGAUCAUGAAGUGGUCCCGCUUUCUCCAUCCAUGUUUCUACAAGAAAUCAAGGAAAUUGGCGUCGUAGAUUUAGAUCAAAUAGAAAAUUGUCAAUUAGACAGAAAGUACAUGUAUCGUCAAAAGGUUAAAGAAGCACUUCGUAGCAGAUUUCGAAAUGAGUAUUUAGGCUCACUUGUGAUUAAAAAUUGUAAAAUAAAGAAUACAAGAAGUGUGACUGAGAAUGAUAUUGUAUUGAUUGAAGUAGACGAUAAAAAACGAAUAGAUUGGCCUUUAGCUAAAGUUAAGAAAGUAAUUACGGGUAAAGAUGGCGAAAUUCGAGUUGUUCGCUUGGCCACUUCUAACGGUGAAUUGACAAGACCAAUUCAAAGGAUUCAUCCUUUAGAAUUAAAAUUUAACGAUUCGGAAAUAUCUAACGACGAAAUUGUAAUCGACAAAUAUAAAGAAAUUAUACAAACUCAGAAAAAUGACAAAAUUGAUGAAACAAUUUGUGAAAUUGAAAAAACAACGAACUCCGUUCCUAAGGUUGUAACUACGAGGAGUGGAAGAAAAAUAAGGAAACCCGAUAGACUCACUUAUAAUUGA